GCAAUUAACAGAAACAGGGUGAAGAAUUGGCAACGUAGUGACUGAAGGUGUAAGAAUCUAAAAGAAUCUAAAGGGAAAUCUUCCGAGUUUAAGAGCCUACAAUUGCACAGCUCGGGGAGGAACUUUGUUACACAUUCUGAACAGCAGCUAACGUUUUCACAAGCGUGUAAUCGUGUUGCCUAAAAUUUGAUACCAGCUGUAGAUGGCUCAGCUUCCUCCUGGGAUUCGCUUCAUCACUUCAUUUUCACAAGAUCAGUGGUAUAGAGCCUUCAUUUUCACCCUCACCUUCUUUUUGUAUGCCAGCUUCCAUUUAUCAAGGAAACCUAUCAGUAUAGUUAAGGGAGAGCUGCAUAAGCAUUGUGCUGCUUCACAUGAAGUUGAGCUCAGCUCCUACAGAGAAUAUGCUGCCCAGAUUCAGCCUGUCAAAAAGCCAUCUAAUGCAUCUCAGUGCGGUUGGGAACCAUUUGAUAAGAAUAACUACAAGCAGUUACUGGGAGCACUGGACUACUCAUUUCUGUGUGCAUAUGCAAUUGGAAUGUACUUAAGUGGGGUAAUAGGAGAACGGCUACCUAUCCGGUACUAUCUGACAGUUGGAAUGCUUGCUAGCGGACUCUUCACUGCAAUGUUUGGAUUGGGUUAUUUCUAUAAUAUACAUAACCUGUGGUUUUACAUAAUGGCCCAGAUAGCUAAUGGGUUGGUGCAAACUACUGGCUGGCCAAGUGUCGUUACAUGUAUUGGCAACUGGUUUGGAAAAGGAAGAAGAGGAUUGAUCAUGGGAAUCUGGAAUUCACACACUUCAGUGGGAAACAUCUUGGGAUCCUUAAUUGCUGCUUAUUGGGUGUCUACGUGCUGGGGUCUCUCCUUUGUGAUGCCUGGUGUUAUCAUUGCAGUGAUGGGAAUUUUUUGUUUCCUCUUUCUUAUUGAACAUCCUAAAGAUGUAAGUUGCUCCUCCACGCCAUCCAGUCAUGGUCAUGAGCCCAGUAUUUCUACAGAGUUUGUAGUGAGUUCUAAAGCCUUCCUGAAUGGUGCAUCUCGAUUCAGAGUCCACAUGCCAACCUUAAAUGCUAAGGAAGCCAGCAAGCCUCAGGAUCCAGAGAUGCAGCAUUUGCUUAUUGACAGUGAAAACUGCACGGCGUCACCGAACUCGAGCAGUGCCGUCACUGGGGAAGGUAGACAUGGGACAUCAGCUAUCAGCUUCCUUGGGGCUUUGCGAAUACCUGGGGUAAUAGAGUUCUCCCUUUGUCUUCUGUUUGCAAAACUGGUGAGCUAUACUUUCCUCUUCUGGCUUCCCCUCUAUAUCACAAAUGUGGAACAUCUUGAUGCCAAAAGAGCUGGGGAUCUUUCUACAUUGUUUGAUGUGGGUGGAAUCUUUGGUGGAAUUUUGGCAGGCCUGAUUUCAGACAGGCUAGAGAAGAGGGCAUCGACCUGCGGAAUGAUGUUGUUGCUGGCAGCACCCACGUUGUACAUGUUCUCUGCAGUCAGUAAAAUGGGCCUUGAGGCUACUGUCGUGAUGCUGCUUAUCAGUGGUGCCCUGGUGAACGGACCUUAUGCACUGAUCACCACUGCUGUCUCUGCUGACUUGGGUACCCAUAAAAGUCUGAAAGGGAAUGCAAGAGCCUUGUCCACAGUGACAGCAAUCAUUGAUGGAACAGGAUCUGUAGGUGCGGCUUUGGGGCCUCUCUUGGCUGGUCUCAUUUCCCCUUCUGGUUGGAACAACGUGUUUUACAUGCUCAUGGUGGCAGACGCAUGUGCCUUGCUAUUCUUACUCCGUCUUAUUCAGAAGGAACUUCGGUGUAAUGCAGAUCAUACCCUGUUUAAAGAACACUGAGCUGAAAGACCAGAUUUGAAAGAAUGGCUGCGUAAGUGACCAGAGCUCUCCCCUGAAAAAAAACUUCAUGGAAUGUGAUAUUCUAUACUUAAGAGAUGCUAUUUGGUGAAGAAUUUCUGCACGUUUACUGGAAGCAAUUUGAGAAACGCAACUGGUAAAUCCCUGAAGCUCUUAUUUUUGCACAUGAAUAAGUACCUCAGGAUGGCAACUAUUCAACAGAUGGAGGGACAGGAACUUUGGGAAGCUUUUAGCAGAGCGCCUCAACUGAGCCAAAGAGAAAUACCAAGUGCCUUUUUAUUUCUUUUGAUAGGAUGUUUUUAAUUAAAGUGCUGUACUGUGUGCUUUCCAAAAACAAGUCAGAAGUAGAGCAGAAAGGAUGUUGAAAUCAUAACAGACAGUCUAGCAGUGAAAUGUCCCUGUGUCAGUGAGCAAAGUAUCCCUUACGUUAUCGUGUGCAUCACUGUGAGGGCAUCACAUUAUAGAGGGCAAGACCGGCUGGUUAUUAAUGUUCACUGCUAUUAGGAUUUCAAAGCUGCUCAGACAAUAAUAACCUCACCAUAUUAUUAGUUCUUAACUAUAGCACAAAUUCUAAUCCCAAGGACAACAUCCAGCCUUUCGGUAGGUAAUGAAAUGGAAUUUACAGUUGAGGUGUACCUCAGCUAGCGGUUUUCACAGACUCUCUGGGUGGAUGUUAGUCCUCAGUUAGGACUGUGCAAAACGGAGUCCCAGACAAGAAGAAGAAGUAGAUUAUGAGUCAGAAUUUCCAGUGGGGGGCUCUAACAAUUUUCAGGGCAUUAUAAACUGGUAGUGCAAACGUCACGUAAUUGUUGUGCUGCUCCUCUAGGCUGGGUUGAAAUGAAAGGUGGUUCCUUUGGGGUGGCAAAGAACUGUGUGCUGCCACACUUUAGCAUUACAGGAUUGAAAAGAGUAGCUGCUUUAGUGCCCAGUGCCACAGUGGUCUUUAUUGGGUACUCCAGUGGUGUUGUGUGCACUUGGAAGUCAUUGCCAGAUCAGGGCCUUAAUAACCAGAAAUCUCUUUCGAGUGGCUAAGUUCAAGUGGCUUUGAUUUUCAGAUGCAGAGCCAAAAUAUGUAUGUAUAUAUAAGAGAAGAAAAAUUGCCUAGGUGGUAGGUUGUAAGAGAACAUUUCAGUAACUAGUGUUACCCAGCAAACAGACAAUUUAAUGUCUUCAGAACAUAUCAUUUCUUCAUACAGGUAUCUCCUUUGCAAAACAGAUGUUUCUGUGAUCUUUUUUUAAACGUGUACAAAGUAAAAAGGAUUUUUUUUUGUAUGAGGUGUUUAUACUUAGAUUGUGAAGGUUAGAUAAUUUAAACUGUGUAUUGUUUGUAAUUGUAUUUAUUAAAGUUCUAGGCAUAUGUCUUGUUCUGAACUAUGCUGUAAGUUUUGUGAAACAAUGCAGUAGUGUUUGUACUUGAUUAACAAAACAGCGCUCUAAAACAGCCUGGCAAAACAUGGAGAAAUGUCUCAUCAGCUGCUGGUAUUAUGUUCCAUGUGUUGGCACAAUACUUCAUUUCCAGGACUGGUUUGUAAUUGUUCAGUCUCUGAUCAGUUAUUUCACUGUUUUGAUUCAGCAUGUGCUUUAUGCUUGAUC